AGAGAGAGAGAAGACCCAUAAUCUUCUGAAAACACAUAAACCAACUGUAAAUUGAAACAAAGAAAAUCUAAAACGGUACAAACAGGAAUCAAUUUUACCGGUAAAAAAACUCAAGGAUUUGGAAUUUUGGGGAAAACGGUUCAGGAAUUGAAACCCUAGCUUGGUGGAUACAGACCAAGUUUCUCCAUGGACGACCGGUUCCCGUACUCUCCGGCGGAGGUCGAGAAAGUCUCCGCCGUCCAGUUCGGCAUCCUCAGCCCCGACGAAAUCAGGCAAAUGUCGGUGGCGGAAAUACAUCACGGCGAGACCAUGGAGAAGGGCAGGCCGAAGGUAGGCGGCCUGAGCGAUCCUCGGCUCGGCACUAUUGAUAGGAGGAUGAAGUGCGAGACUUGCACGGGGAGCAUGGCUGAAUGCCCUGGGCAUUUUGGCCACCUUGAGCUCGCUAUACCAAUGUUCCAUAUUGGGUUUAUGAAGACUGUGCUGAGUAUCAUGCGCUGUGUUUGCUUCAAUUGUUCCAAAUUACUAGCCGAAGAGGAGGACCACAACUUCAAGCAAGCAUUGAGAAUAAGAAACCCAAAACAUAGGCUUAAGAAAAUUUUGGAUGCUUGCAAGAACAAAGCAAAAUGUGAAGGUGGUGAUGAAAUUGAGGUCCAAAAUCUAGAUUCCGAAGAGCCAAUUAGUAAGAGUCCUGGUGGUUGUGGUGCUCAGCAACCCAAGAUCACCAUUCAAGGCAUGAAUAUGAUUGCAGAAUACAAAGCUCGGACAAAGAAAAACUUUGAACGAGAACAGCUUGCUGAACCAGUAGAACGGAAACAAAUACUUUCUGCAAAAACUGUUUUAGAAGUUCUGAGCAGAAUAAGCGAUGAAGACUCUGAAUUGUUAGGCUUGAACCCCUUAUACGUUCGUCCAGAUUGGAUGAUUCUUCAAGUUCUUCCAAUACCUCCACCUCCUGUGAGGCCAUCAGUCGUGAUGGAUGGCUCAUCCAGGAGUGAGGAUGAUUUAACUCAUCAACUAGCUAUGAUUAUCAGACACAAUGAGAAUCUAAGGCGACAGGUUAAGAACGGAGCUCCUGACCACAUCAUCGCAGAGUUUGCUCAACUGUUACAGUUUCACAUAGCUGCAUAUUUCGAUAAUGAAUUGCCAGGGCAGCCAAGGCAGGCUACACAGCAAUCGGGUAGGCCUAUCAAAUCGAUAUGCAGUAGACUUAAGUCUAAGGAAGGGCGGAUCAGAGGUAACUUGAUGGGGAAACGGGUUGAUUUUUCUGCCCGGACGGUGAUCACACCAGAUCCAAAUAUUAACAUUGAUGAACUGGGAGUGCCAUGGAGUAUUGCCUUGAAUCUCACAUAUCCAGAAACUGUGACCCCUUAUAACAUCAAAAGGUUGAAGGAGCUUGUUGGAUAUGGACCUUAUCCUCCACCAGGCAAAACUGGUGCGAAAUAUAUUAUCAGGGAUGAUGGACAAAGGCUUGAUCUUCGUUUCCUGAAGAAAAAUAGCGAUCACCAUCUUGAACUUGGGUACAAGGUUGAGCGACACUUAAAUGAUGGAGAUUAUGUACUGUUCAACCGACAGCCUAGCCUUCAUAAAAUGUCUAUCAUGGGCCAUAAGAUCAAGAUUAUGCCACACUCAACUUUCCGUCUGAAUUUAUCUGUUACUACACCAUACAAUGCUGACUUUGACGGGGAUGAAAUGAACAUGCAUGUACCCCAGUCACUUGAGACUAGAGCUGAAGCGUUGGAGCUUAUGAUGGUGCCUAAAUGCAUUGUGUCACCGCAGUCCAAUCGCCCUGUAAUUGGAAUUGUCCAGGAUACUCUAUUAGGAUGCCGCAAGAUCACUAAAAGGGAUACCUUCAUAGAGAAGGAUGUUUUUAUGAAUAUUUUGAUGUGGUGGGAGGACUUUGACUGGAAAAUACCUGCUCCGGCAAUUUUGAAACCCAGGCCGCUUUGGACAGGAAAACAACUUUUUAGCCUUAUCAUACCAAAACAGAUAAAUCUUCUAAGAUAUUCGGCCUGGCAUGAGGAAACUGAAAAAGAACAUAUAACUCCUGGAGAUACUCGAGUUCUAAUAGAGAAAGGAGAACUACUUUCUGGCACCCUAUGCAAGAAGACACUUGGGCCGUCUGGUGGUAGUCUUAUUCACGUAAUUUGGGAAGAGGUUGGUCCAGAUGCAGCUCGCAAAUUUUUGGGACAUACACAGUGGCUUGUUAAUUACUGGCUUUUACAGGAAGGUUUUAGCAUCGGGAUUGGAGAUACAAUUGCUGAUUCUGCCACCAUGAAAACAAUCAGUGGGACUAUAUCUCAAGCAAAAACUCAAGUGAGAGAACUUAUCAGACUUGCCCUAGAAAAGAAGUUGGAGGCAGAACCUGGACGGACCAUGAUGGAAUCGUUUGAAAACAAAGUCAACGAGGCAUUGAAUGCGGCUCGUGAUGCUGCUGGGAGUAGUGCCCAGAAGAGCUUAUCAGAGAACAACAAUCUUAAGGCAAUGGUUACCGCAGGAUCUAAAGGAAGUUUCAUCAAUAUAUCACAGAUGAUUGCUUGUGUGGGGCAGCAGAAUGUUGAAGGUAAGCGAAUCCCUUUUGGGUUCAGAGAUCGGACUCUGCCGCAUUUUACCGUAGAUGAUUACGGUCCAGAAAGCCGUGGGUUUGUGGAGAAUUCAUAUCUACGAGGGUUGACUGCACAAGAGUUCUUCUUUCAUGCUAUGGGUGGCAGAGAAGGUAUUAUAGACACUGCUGUGAAAACUUCUGAAACUGGGUACAUUCAAAGGCGAUUGGUGAAGGCUAUGGAGGAUAUUAUGGUCAAAUAUGAUGGAACAGUGAGGAACUCUUUGGGGGAUGUGAUUCAGUUUCUCUACGGGGAAGAUGGUAUGGAUGCAGUGUGGGUAGAGAAACAGCAGCUGGAUACUCUGAGAAUGAAGAAAUCAGAUUUUGAUGCUACUUUUCGAUAUGAGUUUGAUGAUGAAAACUGGAAGCCAAAUUACAUUGCAUCUGAAUACAACGAAGAUUUGAAAACGAUACCAGAGAUUUAUAAUGUGUUUGAUGCUGAAGUUCAGAAACUUGAAGACGAUAGAUACCAACUUGCGACGGAGAUUGCAACCACGGGUGAUAGCUCUUGGGCACUUCCAGUUAAUAUCAAGAGAUUGAUAUGGAACGCACAGAAGACCUUUAAAAUUAACCCACUGGAGUGUUCUGAUAUGCAUCCGAUGGAGAUUGUGGAAGCUGUUGACAAGCUUCAGGAGAGACUUAAGGUUGUUCCUGGUGAUGAUUUGAUUAGUAUUGAAGCCCAGAGGAAUGCAACUCUCUUUCUCAACAUCUUGCUUCGUAGCACAUUGGCCAGUAAAAGGGUGUUGAAGGAAUACAGGCUUACUCGGGAAGCAUUUGAGUGGGUUAUUGGUGAAAUAGAGGCUCGCUUCUUACAGUCAAUAGUAGCACCUGGAGAAAUGAUAGGUUGUGUUGCGGCACAGUCCAUCGGUCAGCCGGCUACUCAGAUGACUCUUAAUACAUUCCACUAUGCUGGUGUUAGUGCCAAGAAUGUUACUCUUGGUGUUCCAAGGUUGAGAGAGAUCAUUAAUGUAGCUAAGAAUAUCAAAACGCCAUCUCUCUCUGUGUACCUGAAGCCUGAAGUGAAUAAAUCGAGGGAAAAGGCAAAGAAUAUCCAAUGUGCACUGGAAUACACUAAUCUGCGGAGUGUCACACAAGCUACAGAAGUAUGGUAUGAUCCGGACCCCAAGAGCACUGUCAUUGAAGAGGAUGUUGACUUUGUUAAGUCCUACUAUGAAAUGCCUGAUGAAGAGAUUGAUCCGGAGAAGAUUUCACCAUGGAUGCUUCGCAUAGAGUUGAAUCGUGAGAUGAUGGUGGACAAGAAGCUGAGUUUGGCUGAUAUCGCGGAGAAGAUCAAUCUUGAGUUUGGUGACGAUCUGACAUGCAUAUUCAAUGAUGACAAUGCUGAAAAGCUAAUCCUUCGUAUUCGUAUCAUGAAUGAUGAAGCUCCAAAAGAAGAUUUGCAUGACAAAUCUGCUGAGGAUGAUGUUUUCCUGAAAAAGAUAGAGAGUAAUAUGUUGACGGAAAUGGCUCUUCGAGGUAUACCAAAUAUCAAUAAAGUUUUCAUGAAGGAAGUUACAGAGAGCAAGUUUGAUGAUAAAGAAGGGUUCGAGGCAAAAAAGGAGUGGAUGCUGGAUACAGAAGGUGUCAAUCUUUUAGCAGUUAUGGGUCACGCAGAUGUUGAUGCAACAAGGACAAGAAGCAAUCACUUGACCGAAACUAUAGAAGUUCUUGGAAUCGAGGCAGUUCGUCGAUCCUUGCUAGACGAGUUGAGGGUUGUUAUAUCUUUCGAUGGGGCCUACGUGAAUUACAGACAUCUGGCGAUCUUGUGUGACACCAUGACCUAUCGUGGUUAUUUGAUGGCUAUAACUCGUCAUGGGAUUAAUCGGAACGAUACUGGCCCCCUGAUGAGGUGUUCAUUUGAAGAAACUGUGGACAUCCUUCUUGAUGCUGCAGUACAUGCUGAAACUGACUGCUUAAAGGGUGUUACUGAAAAUAUUAUGCUGGGUCAACUUGCACCCAUUGGAACUGGAGGCUUUGCUUUGUACCUUAAUGAUGAGAUGUUAAAACAAGUUGUUGAGCUCCAGCUACCCAGUCAUAUGGAAUCUGGAAUGGACUUUGGGAUGACUCCUUCCCUUUUGCCGUUUAUUGGAACCCCUAAUAUCGACGGACUGAGGUCUCCAAGUUAUUUACUAAGUCCAGAGAGGGAUGCCCAGUUUUCUCCAUAUGUUGGUGGAAUGGCCUUUUCUCCCAUAUCAUCUCUCGGCUACAGCCCGUUACCUCCUCCAUAUAGUCCUACAUCUCCUGUGUAUAUUCCUACAUCUCCUGUGUAUAGCGCCACUUCUAGAUACGAAAGCGCCUCUUCCGCAAUUUACAGUCCUGCUUCCCCAACUUACAAACCUAGUUCUCUUGGGUACAGUCCUGCAUAUUCUUCGGAUAGUACAUCUUAUUCUCCCACCUCUCCCAUCUAUACCCCUACCUCUCUUAGUUAUUAUAGCCCAACUUCUCCUUGGUACAGUCCUUCAUCUCCUAACUACAGUUCAACGUCACCAAACUAUAGCCCAGCCUCACCAUCAUAUAACCCAACCCCUCCAGGAUACAUUCCAACAUCACUUGCAUACAGCCCUACUUCGCCCGCCUAUAACCCUAGCUCUCCUUAUACCCUAACUUUUUCACCUUCGUACAGCCCAACCUCUCCUUCCUACAUUCCAACUUCUCCAUCAUACAGUCCGACGUCACCUGCAUAUACCCCCACCUCUCCUGGUUAUAGCCCAACUUCCCCGAGCUACAGUCCUACGUCUCCAAGUUGCAAUCCCUCGGCAGCAUAUAGCCCUUCUCCUGAAUACUCACCAACCAGUCCAAAGCUGUCUGUUUACAGCCCUUCAUCUCCAAACUACAGCCCAACAUCACCAUCAUAUUCACUAACAUCACCAUCAUAUUCACCGACUUCCCCAUCAUAUUCUCCCUCAAGCCCAACAAGUUCCAGCAGCCUUCAUAGCUCGGAAUCUGCGGAUGCAAGUCCUGACUAUAGUCCUAGUUCUCUGCAGUACAGUCCAAUUGUGGGGUACUCACCAAGUGCACCCGGGUACUCGCCGGCAUCUACCAGCCAAUAUACUCUAGAUAUGUGUGACCAGGAAAAGAAGAACAACAAGGAAGAUGGGCGCACUGACAUGUAACUGGGAGAUGAAGACAAAAUUAAGUCUAAAUUCACCAAACUUGUUGAUUUAAAUGGGCGAAAGCUGUAAAUGUAAUU